UUAUUGCCGCAGAUAAUUCUUAUUGCAACUGUAAAUUUUUGCAUUUAAUAGUUGUAGUUCGUAAAAUGAGCUUUUUGCCCGAUUCGGACAGCGAGGAUGAGCUGCCACCCGGCUGGGAGGAACGUUCCACAGAUGAUGGCGUUGUUUGUUAUAUUAAUCAACAGAGCAGGCUCUCACAGUGGACACAUCCCCGCACUGGACGUCCCAAACGUAUAACCGGCGAGCUGCCCAUUGCCUGGGAAAAAUACUACGAUGAACAAACAAAGAGGACCAUGUUUUACAAUAAAGAGACGCAACAGCGCACAAAUGCUGACCCUCGUUUGGCCUUUGCAGUGGAGGAGCCGCCCUUAACUGCGGCAGAUGUGCGACAACGUUUCGAUUCUUGCACCACCGCAUUGCAGGUGCUGCAUGGUAAGGAUUUGCAUGGCCGCCUUGCGAUCAUUACAGGAGCCAAUUCAGGCAUUGGUUUCGAGACAGCACGUUCUCUGGCUCUGCACGGUUGUGAGAUAAUCUUUGCGUGCCGCAAUCAGGAAGCCACUGAAGUGGCUAUAGAUCGUAUUGCCCAGGAGCGGCCGGCGGCACGUUCUAGAUGUCGCUUUUUAGCGUUAGACUUGGGCUGUUUAGAGGACGUGCAAGAAUUUGCCGAGGAAAUAAAGCGCAGUGUUAACCAUAUCGACUACUUGAUUCUUAAUGCCGGAGUCUUUGCUCUGCCUUACACCCAGACUGUAGAUGGUCUGGAGACCACAUUCCAAGUGUCUCAUCUCUCCCACUUUCAUUUGACAAUGCAGCUGGAAGCGUUGUUCGAUCACAGGUCCCGAAUUGUUGUGGUCUCUUCGGAAUCGCACAGAUUCGCCAGCCUGCCCACGGAAAAUCUAACGCUGCAACAUUUGUCGCCACCGGCGGAGAAAUAUUGGAGCAUGAUGGCCUACAACAAUGCCAAACUGUGUAAUGUGCUUUUCGCUCAGGAACUGGCGCUUCGCUGGAAGAAACGCGGCAUUUCUGUCUUCGCUCUACAUCCCGGUAAUAUGGUUUCCUCACAAUUGCAGCGCAACUAUUGGUUCUAUAGACUGCUCUUUGCCAUCGCACGUCCCUUUACCAAAUCGCUGCAACAAGCGGCAGCCACAACUGUCUAUUGCGCCACUGCCAAUGAGUUGACGGCAUUAACGGGACUUUAUUUCAAUAACUGCUAUUUCUGUGAGCCGAGCAAACUGUCCAGAAGUGCGCAACUUCAGCAACAAUUGUGGCAACUAAGCGAAAGUCUUACGGAAACGAUCCUGAUACCAACCAGACAAGGCAAAUAAAAUGUUUUUUGUUUUUUAAUAAAAUAAUUUAUACAGGUGUAUGUCUAUUUAAAGAGCCCUAAAUACAUAUUUAAGUUUCGAGUAUA